UACCCACAGGGACAAGGCUGCUUCCUUCAGACAGAAAGGGCAGAGGCUCUCAUGGCAAACUGAACCUCCUGAAAUGUAGAUCACAUCAUGGAGCUGAAUGAACACUUUGCACAGAGAAAGACUUGUCACCAACUUUUGUUUUCCUUGGACACGUUCUUGUGGCCAAAGGCAGCAGAUGCCCAACAGCAGCUCCAUCAGUGAGAUCCUCCUCCUGGUGCUCGCAGACAUGCGGCAGCUGCAGCUCCUGCUCUUCUGCCUCUUCCUGGCCAUCUACCUGGCUGCCCUCCUGGGCAACGGCCUCAUCAGCACAGCCAUAGCCUGCAACCACUGCCUGCACACCCCCAUGGACUUCUUCCUCCUCAACCUCGCCCUCCUGGUCCUGGGCUGCAUUUCCACCACUCUCCCCAAAGCCAUGGGCAAUGCCCUCUGCGACACCACCACCAUCUCCUACACAGGAUGUGCUGCACAGGUCUUUUUCUUUUUGCUUUUGUUUUCAACAGAGUAUGGCAUUCUCACCAUCAUGUCCUAUGACUGCUACAUUGCCAUCUGCAAGCCCCUGCACUACAGGACCCUGGUGGACAGCAGAGCUUGUGUCACCAUGGCAGCAGCUGCCUGGGGCACUGGGGUUCUCCAUGCUGUGCUGCACACUGCCAGUAUAUUUUCACUGCCACUCUGCCACGGCAAUGCUGUGGAGCAGUUCUUCUGUGAAAUUGCCCAGAUCCUCAAGCUCUCUUGCUCUGGUUCUUACCUCAGGGAAGUUGGACUUGUCAUAUUUGUUGCAUUAAUCUUUUUUGCUUGUUUUGUUUUCAUGGUGCUGUCCUAUGUGCAGAUCUUCAGGGCCGUGCUGAGGAUGCCCUCUGAGCAAGGACGGCACAAAGCCUUCUCCACAUGCCUCCCUCACCUGGCUGUGGUCUCCCUCUUUGUCAGCACUGCCAUGUUCUCCUACCUGAAGCCGCCUUCCAUCUCCUCCCCAUCCCUGGAUCUGGUGGUGGCACUGUUAUACACAGUGGUGCCUCCUCCAGUAAUCAACCCCCUCAUCUACAGCAUGAGGAACCAGCAGCUCAGAACCCCAAAGAACCUUUGGGGUUCUUUUUUGAGACUUUUGAAACCUCGGGACAAGGAUGCUCGCAAGCCAAGAGCCCCACACCUCUCUUGGCUGGACCAAAGCUGGAACCUGGACCAGUGA